CACUCACUCACUCACUCACUCACUCACAGGGACGGUCGGUACAGUCAGGGCUCCCACUAUCUGAACCAGCUGUAUGGGUACACUCACUCACUCACUCACCCACUCACUCACUCACUCACUCACUCACUCACUCACUCACUCACUCACAGGGACGGUCGGUACAGUCAGGGCUCCCACUAUCUGAACCAGCUGUAUGGGUACACUCACUCACUCACUCACCCACUCACUCACUCACUCACUCACUCACUCACUCACUCACUCACUCACAGGGACGGUCGGUACAGUCAGGGCUCCCACUAUCUGAACCAGCUGUAUGGGUACACUCACUCACUCACUCACCCACUCACUCACUCACUCACUCACUCACUCACUCACUCACUCACAGGGACGGUCGGUACAGUCAGGGCUCCCACUAUCUGAACCAGCUGUAUGGGUACACUCACUCACUCACUCACCCACUCACUCACUCACUCACUCACAGGGACGGUUGGUACAGUCAGGGCUCCCACUAUCUGAACCAGCUGUAUGGCUACCUGAACUCCACGUUCAUCCGGAAACAGAAAGUGAGUGACGCUGACCUCAACUAUGGGGGAUUUGCCAUGGACAUGGCGGACCAGAUGCUGGAGAUAGGAGAGCUUGCCCUGGACACAUGGAAACGACUGAUGAUCGAGCCACUGAAGAAUCAGCUUCUGAACCUGAUAUUACAAGAAGUCAAGAAGGACAGGGGAGGUAACUCUGUGAAUCAGACCGUUGUCCACGGUGUCAUCAACUCAUUCGUCAAUGUGGAAGAAUAUAAGAAGAAGUAUUCAAUGCAGCUGUAUGAAGAGCUGUUUGAGACGCCCUUCCUGCACGAGACAGGAGACUACUACCGACAGGAGGCCGCCAAACUGAAGGACGAGUACAACUGCUCAGACUACAUGGAAAAGGUGAUACAGAAGCUGGACAAUGAAGACUUCAGGAGUCGGAAGUUCCUGCACCCCAGCUCCUACACCAAGGUGACCCAUGAGUGCCAGCAGCGCAUGAUCGCCGACCACCUGCAGUUCCUCCAUGGCGAGUGUCGCGAGAUGGUGCAGGUGGAGAAGAGAAAAGACCUGACAAACAUGUACAGCCUGUUGAAGCCGAUACAGUCCGGUCUGGGUGUCCUCAUGCAGGAAGUGGAGGAUCAUAUAAAACACACUGGCCUUGAGGCUGUCCGCUCUCUCAAGGGGGAAAAUGUGCCUGGGCAGUUUGUGGAGUCCAUGUUAGAAGUGCACAGUAAAUAUACAGAACUUAUACAAAGUGUCUUUCAUGCUGAUCAGCAGUUUGUUGGUGCCCUUGAUAAGGCGUGUGCAGCUGCUAUCAACUUCCGCUCUAAUCCUAAAAUGGCUUGCAAAUCAGCAGAACUGCUUGCUCGAUAUUGUGAUGGGUUGUUAAAGAAGAGUUCCAAGGGUAUUUCCGAGACCGAGCUCGACGACAAACUAGCCAACUGUAUAACUGUAUUCAAGUACCUAGAUGAUAAAGAUGUCUUUCAAAGGUUUUAUUCUCGAAUGCUUGCCAAGCGCCUGAUCUACAGUCAGUCCACCUCCAUGGAUGCGGAGGAAGCCAUGAUCAACAGGCUCAAGCAAGCGUGCGGGUAUGAGUUCACCAACAAGCUCCACCGAAUGUUCACCGACAUGAGCAUCAGCUCGGAUCUCAACAACAAGUUCUCGGACUUCACCAAAGAGGACAGUUCCAGGGACCUGGGAGUCAACUUCUCUAUUCUUGUCUUACAGGCUGGGGCCUGGCCGAUAGCUCAGAGUAAUCUUCCUUCAUUUGCCUUACCUCAGGAGCUGGAAAGGAGUGUUAGAAUGUUUGAACUUUUCUACAACAAAAAUUUCAGUGGUAGAAAGUUAGCCUGGAUGCAUAGCUUUUGUAAUGUUGAAAUGAAGUUUAACUAUCUGAAGAAGACGUACUUUGUGACGAUGGGCACGUUCCAUAUGGGCAUCCUACUGCUGUUUAACAGCGCCGACAGUGUGGACAAGCUUGCAUUCAGCUUUAUACAGAAACACACAACGCUACCUGAACGAGAGUUGGUCAAACAACUACAGUCACUCAUAGAUACCAAAAUUAUCUCACAUGAAGGGGAAAUCACGACACAGAGCGACUUUGAGUUAAACUUAGCUUACAACAACAAGAGGACCAAGUUCAAGAUCACUGCAGCUGUACAAAGAGAUUCUCCACAGGAAGUAGAAAUGACCCACUCUGCCGUGGACGAAGAUCGUAAGAUGUAUGUGCAAGCUGCGAUUGUCCGCAUCAUGAAGGCGAGAAAGGUUCUCAAACAUAAUCUUCUCAUACAGGAGGUGAUCAGCCAGUCGCGGUCCCGCUUCAACCCCAGCAUCAGCAUGAUCAAGAAGUGUAUAGAGACCCUCAUAGACAAACAGUACCUAGAAAGGACAGCUAACACGACAGACGAGUACAGCUACGUAGCGUGAUACAGCUGUGUGUGUUUGUGUGUGUGUGUGUCUCACACUCUCUAGCCCUCAUACCGACUGCAUCGUCACUAGCGCUCAAAUAUCUCCAAAAUCAGCCUAAUCCUCGACCUCCCUUGAUGCAGGGCUACGAGGACACCCGUUGAAGACCACAUCGAGGCUGGAGGAUUGGAUUGUAUGCAGAGUGUGAAUUGUUAUUGAAAAGGUUAAUAUUGGAAUACAUCUGAAGGAUGGGAUGACAUUUUGUGAGGAAUAUGGAAUCAUUUCCACUUGGAAUUCAGCUAGGAGAACAGGAAAAUUGAAGAAUGGAAAGUGGAAAAAAAUUCAUUACAGUGAUUAACUAUUAUUUCAUCUUGACAAAUAUAAGCAAUAUUGGUGGAAGAAAAGUGGACAGCUGACAGGUGUUUGACAAAGGAACAUGACAGAAGAUGUUUAAUGACAGAAAAUGUACUGUGAAUAUGGAAUGCGUCCACGCAACAUUAGUUAAGAAUUUGCUUGACAUUAUAUAGGUCAUGGUUACAGGUAGGCUGGAACAAUUAAUGCUCUAAGUUUGUGGAUACUCCUGGCCAACAAGCCAAACUUGAGUAAGAGAAAAAAAUCUAAAAAUUGUGCAGGUUUAUUUUAAAAUUAUUCUGAAAUAUUGAGAGAAAAAAGAAAUAAAUUAAGUGAUAUAUACAGGUGCAAAUUUACAGCAGACAUAUCAUUAACAUAAUAGAUUGGUCUAGGAAUUCACUGCAUAAAGAAAACCGAGAGAAGUCUGUUACUAAUUCCUGCAAGCUACGAAUAUUGACAUUUUUUUUAUAUUUAGGAUCUGGGGCGGUCAGGUAGCCUAGUGGUUAAAGCGUUCGCUCGUCUGGCUGAAGACCUGAUUUCGAUUCCCAACAUGGGUACAAUGUGUGAAGACCAUUUCUGGUGUCCCCUGCCGUGAUAUUGCUGGAAUAUUGCUAAAAGCGACGUAAAACCAUGCUCACUCACUAUUAAGGAUUUUUUAUUUAGGAUCUAUCAAUUAUUGUAUGAGGUUAUCAAGUGAUAAUUAUGCUGGACAGAAAGUACAAGCUGUCAUUUUCAGCUCACCUGAGCCCACAGCUGAUUCCUUAGGGUGACAAAGUCUGUCAAGAUGGAAGUACGUUUAUGAGGCAACAGUGUCACAGGCUAGGAGAAAAUGAUUCAUUUGGCCGUGAUUGUUGUUUUAGGUUCUUGGAGGAUGUAGACGUGGUAUAGAUUUAAAUAUUUUUAUAAAAAUAUCUGCUGAAGUUUGAUGUGAAGAUAGGACUUAAAUAUGCUAGACUUUCUACAGUUCUCCUAUUUGGAUAAAGAUGGGGAGAUAAUCUUUGUUUAUUUAUUAGACAGCUGUCAUAGAUUUAUUAUUUGAUGUUGUCUGAUGGACUGUAUAUGGAUUUGGAGCAGAUGUUGUAACACACAGUGCAAGACUCCAUUUAUGAGGGCCCCGUUCCACAAAGUGAUCUUAGCGCUAAGGUGAUCGUAAGUCCCAUACUUUAACAUCGACUUACGACAGUCGUAGCACAAUGAUCGCUUAAUGGAACAGGGCCCUUGGGUGCCGCUUACAAUAUCAAAACAACCUUAGCACUACGACUGUCGUAAGUCUAUGUUAAGGUGUGGGAGUUACGAUCACCUUAGCGCUAAGAUCACUUUGUACAAAGGCACCCUGGACUGUAAUGGUUCAAUACACUAUCACUGCAAUAUUCUUUGCUGUGAUAUAAACAUUUUCUUCUGAGGUCAUUCAUUGAUACAAGACAUUACAUUUAUAUAUCAACUACAAAAAAAAAUUUUCUUGCACAAUGUGUUAGUUUCUUAAGGGUUAUGUAAUAUAUUUUGAUGGGGUGUAAAGUCGUUCUCUUUGAUAAUGGAAUACAGUUCAUCCAAUGACACAUUCCCAUGCAUCUUGUAUCAUAUGACCUGUAUCAACUGACUACAACGUGAUUCAGUACAGCCCUAGGUUUUGACACUUUCGGCUGUUUUGGAAGACCUUGUAACAAGGGCGACGGGGUAGCCUAGUGGUUAAAGCAUAGCUUGUCACGCCAAAGAUCUGAGGUUCGACAUGGGAACAAUGUGUGAAGCCCAUUUCUGCCUUGAUAUUGCUGGAAUAUUGCUAAAAGCGGCGUUAAACCACACUCACUCACUCACUCACCUUGUAACAAAUUAAUAAAUAAGAACAUCCAAUUUUGGAAUUUGGGGUUAGAAACAGUCCAUAGCAACUGAUGCUGGGCCUAGAUUUUCGAAACGAUCUUAGCCCUAAAAUUAUCGUAAAGUUAUCGUAAGGAAAUCGUAGGCUAUUGUAGCCUAUUUUCGAAACUAUCGUAGCCCUAAGAUAUCUUAAGUUUGUCGUAAAUCUAAGAUAGCCCUAUACCUGUGGUAAGUUUAUUUUAUCCACAUCCAAGAUGGCGGCAUACUUUGCUCUGGACAUUUUUCAUGAUGAAGAUGACAAUGAUUUGAUGACAAGACCAAGGAUAUUCCGAGACAGAACUCGUCGCCUUGAUAUGCUUGAUGACUUCGAGCUAUUCUUCCGCUACAGAUAGGUGUCGUAGCUCUGAGCGAUCUGCGACAGGUUUAUGAUUGUUUUGAAAAUCUAUCUUAUCUUAGCUUUAAGAUAUCUUAUCUUUGAACAUAAGUAGUUAAGAUUUAUCUUAGCUGAGAUCUUUUCGAAAAUCUAGGCCCUGGUCUUAAAAGGCAACUUAUUGUAUGUGGUGAUCCUGGACUUUGUGAAUAAUGUGUUUAAGUACAUCGACAGCGUAAAGAAUCGCUGGCUUGUCUGAUUUGAUUAUCGCCAGACCGCUGUCAUAUACCCGGAGUAUUGCUGAGUGAGGCAUUAAACAACACACUUCCUCACUGAGAGACAGUUGUUUUGCGUUUGAGAUAGCAGUGAUGGAGCCUGUCAGUUCACUUCUGAUAUGGAUCCAGGAUAUUGAUCAAAAUAGUAUGGAGAUAUAAUACACAAGAUAAUAGAUGUACAAGAUCUACAAUCUCGCUUUGUUAAAGCUAUUAAAGUUUAAUUUUCAA